CCGCAGAACAGUCAGUCGAGCCCGGAUGUUCAGUGAAAUGGAUGCAAGUCAACUCCUCUGUUGACCAUGUGGUUUAUCGUGUUUGUCGUGGUUUUCCUCCCUCCUUGGAUUACUUGUCUCGACUUGGUUCGAUGCGGUUCUCCAUUGGGUAUGGAAUCGGGUGACAUACCCGACAGUGCCAUCUCCGCAAGUUCAGCUUACGACUCUGCCAGCGUCGGUCCAUAUCAUGCCAGGCUUAAACACGACAAAAACGGUGGCGCCUGGUGCCCCCGAGCCAUGGUGAGCAAAGACUCAAUGGAGUUUCUCCAGAUCGACCUGGGGAAGCUCAGGGUCAUCACGGGGACCAGGACGCAGGGCAGAUUCGGAAACGGUCAAGGACAGGAGUACACAGAAGAAUUCUAUCUUGACUAUUGGAGACCGGGUUUCACAAAGUGGCACAGAUGGAAAAACCGGACAGGAAGCCAGAAACUCACGGGAAAUACGAACACGUACACCGUCGUCGAACAGAAAGUCGACCCAGUUAUAAUUGCGAGCAAAAUUCGUUUCCUCCCUUACUCGCUGCACGUUAGGACGGCGUGCAUGAGAGUCGACAUGCUCGGCUGCUACUGGCAAGAAGGCGUCGUGAGCUACUCAAUGCCUCAGGGCGAAAGGAAACCCGGCGAGUUCGACCUCCGUGACAACACGUACGACGGUUCCGAGGACGGCGGAUGGCUAUCCGGUGGGCUCGGACAGCUCGUCGACGGGCACAAAGGCCAGGACAACUUCAACUUGGACGUCUACGGACACGGAAAGGGUUACGAAUGGAUCGGAUGGCGGAACGAUAGCUUUGGCAUACCAGGAAGGCCUGUAGAGAUAGUCUUCGAGUUUGACACAUUGAGGAACUUUUCCGCCAUGUACAUCCACAUGAACAACGCCUACACGAAAGAAGUACAGGUGUUCUCCUUGGCGAAGGUGUAUAUGAGCGUCGGAGGGAAACUUUUCUCGGGGAAGCCGAUCGAGUACUCUUACAUGCCCGACACAGUAAUGGAGCACGCGAGAAACGUGACGAUCAAGCUGCACCACAUGGCUGGGAAAUUCUUGAAACUUCAGCUCUACUUCGAACACAGGUGGAUGAUGAUCAGCGAGGUGUCCUUCGAUUCCGUUAUUUUGCCUAUAAAUAUGACAGAAGAAUCUUUUUUUGAUAAUCAAAUUGUACCUCAAGUGGACACGAACAAAGAAGUCCCUCUUCAACGCGAUGCCGUACAUACGACACCGAGUAAAGAAGAACCAAAAAAGUCAGUAGGAAUCAGUGGGAUAAACAUAGGAAGUCCUAAAGAACCUGAAUCAAGGCAUCUCAUCGGGCUUCUGAUUAUAGCUCUCGCUACUGUCAUUCUGCUCCUUCUCGUUGCCAUCGUUUUCAUUGUUGUACGAACUAGGAAGGUGAAGACUUCACAAAAUUCAACUUCUGACAAUUUCCAGACAGAAAAAAAUGAACUGCAGAUGCGUGGUAAGAUGAAUUCUAACGGACAUGUCUAUGGCCAGGUUUCGAGGGAUGAACCGGAGAAGAGCAUCUUGUUCCACAAGCCUUUGCCGAACCACAUCAACAUGUAUGGGUUCCAAUCGACUCAACCGACAGGAGUUGAAAACACCGACUAUUCUGAAGUUCCAGAUAUCGUUCAAGAGUAUGCCAUCCCAUUGGUGAACACCCAAAAACCACCCACGGCAUUUCAUACCAACGUACCACCGAUGACUCCUAUCAGGACGCUUCCGCCAAUACAUAAUUUCUUCCCAAAACCACCACCUGUACCUCCACCGCCUGAAAAAUAUUACGCUGCAACUGAAAUCGUACAGAAUGCUCCACCAAUUCCACUUUCACCUCCUACAUCGCUUCCUCCUUCCAUUGGAGCUUGCAGCUCUGCAUCAUCAUACGGGCAUCUAAUGAAUCCUCCAAGUCUUGAAGAAGAGUUGGCUAACGAUUAUGAAAUUAGAGAUAUACCGAGGAAGGACAUGAAAUUCAAUUCCAAACUUGGUGAAGGAUAUUUUGGAGAGGUGUAUUUAUUUGAGUUGAUUAGGGUUCCUAAUUCUAUUCGGUUGAAUUCGUGUAAAUACGUUGCAGUUAAAGCACUUCGGAAAGACGCACCAAAUAAUUUAAGGGAUGAAUUUGAAAGAGAGAUGGAAGACUUGUUAGCACUGAACAAUGAAAAUAUCAUAAAUGUGCUCGGUGCAUGCAUGGAAAAAGAGCCGCAUUUACUUGUCUUGGAGUAUUCUGAGCAGGGGGACCUUUACCAAUUUUUACAAAACCAUAUUUCUGAGAGCGCCAGCUUGCAGACAAACGCAAAUGUUUUAAGCCACGGAAGCUUAAUAUAUAUGGGUGCACAGGUCGCGUCUGGUAUGAAAUACUUAGAACAAAACAACUUCGUAUUUAAAGAUCUUGCCACAAGAAAUUGCAUAGUCGGAUUGGAUUAUUCGAUAAAAGUCGGCGAUCUAGGCAUAGGGAGGAACAUAUACCCGGCCGAUUAUUUUGAAAUACCCGGAAGGGGUUUUUGUCCCGUCAGAUGGAUGUCCUGGGAAAGCAUUAUCCUGGACAAGUACACGAUCAAAAGUGUCGUGUGGUCGUUUGCCGUAACACUUUGGGAAAUAUUGACAUUCGCUCGUGAACAACCCUUUGAAGAUCUGACUGACGAUAAAGUCGUUGAAAACGCCCAGUGUUUUGAAUUGGGUAACGGAAAGCAGAUAACACUCAACCAGCCGAUUAACUGCAACAAAGAAAUUUAUGAUCUCAUGUGCGAGUGUUGGCAGAGGAAAGAGUCAGUACGGCCAUCUUUCAAAGAAAUCCAUAUGUUCCUCCAGAGAAAGAAUCUAGGGUACAAGCCCUGUCUGAAAAGCUGAACCGUGACUGUCGUUACAAAUUGAAUAUGCUGAAUUUUCCUUGAGUACGUUUAUCAGUCCUUUGUUUUUAAUACGAAGUAGACAUCGAAAGCGUACAUCUUCUAGGUAAUUUCAUUGUGAUAAACGCAGUUGGCGCAUGAAUGGCCAAAACCGUUGUACUUGUAACAAAAAGGUUAAAACUAAUGGACAAUAAAGAAAGAUUUCAUUUUUUCACUACUGUAAUUAGUUUAAGUUGAAAUUGUCAAAUCUAAUCAAGACAAUGCUUAAUAUUUAAAUUUAUAAUGCAAAUAAUUAAAAAAGAGUAUAAUUGUUGCUUUAAAAACAUGCAAACAAUAUAAAGCAUUAAUUCAACUAUAGUAGGCCAUGUUAAAAAAUUAUAUUAUCCUAAAAUUCUGAAAUUAUAGACUAUUGAUUCUUUCAUGUAUCGGUAAUGCGAGUUUUCUACCGCUUUCUUCACUUUUGAAGAGUUCUUUUUGAUAUAACUCGUUUACUAAAUUGUUUAAAAAAGACUGCCAAAGAUAAAUUCUUUUUAAGUUAUCUUGAUUUAAAUUUAAAAAUGUAUUUAUUGCUUCUAAUUCGUAAGGGUUCUAACAUUGAAAUUAAAAUUAUAUGUUUGUAUUUGACUGUGAUUUAUAGUAGGUAGUAAGAAAUGUUCUAACAAAGAUGUGUGAAUGGGUUUAAAAUUGAUAACGAGUUUAGAAAAAAAAUAUAUAUUCAAUAAUAAUGGAAUUUUUAUGUAUUCAUUUUUCAGCGUUUUGUAAAAUAAUAACAAUGGCAUUUUUAUCCGUUUCAAAGGUGAUAAAUUUAAAAAUACAGUUAAAAAAACGAUAGACCAAUAAUUUUAAUAAUUUGUGCGAGUUCUUAUUUUCAUUAUAGUUGAACUCAUAACGAAUCAAAAUAUAAGACUAUUUUUUUAUAGUUGCGUGGUUCUGGUCUGCCUAUUGUUUUCUUCUGUCAGAACAUUGUCACAUUUCAAACAUUUUCAGUAAUUAUAUGAAUUAACACGUCGAAAUAUCAAAUAGGCAGGCCAGAAUGACAAGUUCAUCGCGAAUAAAAAAAUAAUUUUAAAAUUCUGUCGGAAAAAAUGCAUUCAGCUGUAUUUUACGUUUCCUUUACAUUGUUUUUGUUUUUCUGGAGUCAAAUAUUUGUCAUUAUUAGUUGAGGAGUCAACUAGGAAAGAGGCCAUUCUAUUUCAUAUUUGGCAUUGUAUUUCAUGAUUUCAUGAUAUUUUGGCCUUCUUGGAACCAUCUUCAUGUGUAUUUCUACGUAACAAUGUUAUAAAUGUCUUCUUACUCCUUGGCUCCCCUGCUAAUAAUGAACAAAAAACAAUUUCCUUUAUGUAUUCAACUUAUUUGUGUUUUUGAUGCUUAUUUGAUAUUUUCAAUUCGAAUAUAAAAAAUAGUUUAUCGUUCAAUCGUUUAUUUACUAAAACACUGUAUAAAAUGCUAAAACAAGAGAAUUAUUUCUUUUUUAUAUAAAUUUCAUUAUAGUUGUUUCAAAUAAAAUGUUCUCAUUCAGAUAUGUUUUAUAUGAUUAAUUUAUUUUUAUUAAAUUAGUUUUUUGUCCAUUGAUAAAAAUUGUUUGUAAUUUUUUUUAAAUUUUCAACGAUAUAGAUGAAUUGUCUUUGAAACCCAAAUUUCGAGAUUCAUUUCUAAGCGAAUAUUUUGACAUAUCGAAACUACUUUGACCAACUGUAAUUUUCAUUUAUAAAACAAAAAGAUAGCUUAAAUUGUAAAUUACUUUAUAAAAUAAAAAAAAUAUUUUUUUGAUGAGAAAUACAAGGUUCGUUUGGAUUUGUAUCGAAUUGAAAUAAAUUUUUUGGUUUAUUGAAAGAGCACGUGUGUUUUACAGGUGUUUGUAUUUAUAGCAAUAAGUAGAUUCCGAUUUAUGUGUGGGCUGGGUUGAACCCAUGCCGGAUUUAUGAUUAAAAUUAUGUUUUAAAUAGAAAAAAAGUCGUGUAUUUAGUGCUGAAAUUAGAUUUAUUUCUGGAAGCUACUCUUGAACCAAAUUUUAAUGACUGAUAUUUUUCACUCUGCUCCUUUUCCUCGUGUAUAUAACAUUUCAUUCUAUUUUUCUUGUACAAUGUAAGUAUGGAUUUGAAUUGUAAAAUAUUUCAAUAGAUGUAAAUAUUUGGAAAAAAAAUACAUUUGUGGAUCGAUAUAAAAACAAAC